AUGUAUUAUGUUCUCCUUGCUCGAAUUAGGUUUGACUGCUACAGAGUUACUUUCUCCAGGAAAGAAGAAGACCAGGCUGGCCAAGGCGGGUUUCGAUCCGCAGCAGGUGACACCUCUUCUUGCCACUGCGGCUCACCCAGCCGCCCUCGUCGAAAGGUAAACCUCACGGGCGAAUUGUUUAGUGGAGCUCUGGAGGAAAGUAAGCAAGGAAUUCACAAGGUUAUAAGAUACUCGAUACCAGGUCAGACCUUGUGUUAUGUUUUCGAGCACCUCCGAACGACGACGCAAGGGAAUGUUGUGUAUCGCUGCACGGGAUGCCGCAAGAGUGGGAAGACCGUGAGCAUUGCGGUGGUCAAUGAAUACAACCUAGUUGGCGAUCCCGUGCACCUGCCGCACAUCUGCAUGCCAUGGAGGAAUUCAAAGGAGAAAGUCGAGCGUAUGGUAUUAGAGGUAGCACAUGACACUCAAGGGUUUUAG